CAAAAUAAAUUGUGUAUUUUAUAUCAAAUAAAACUAAUUUCUAAGAGAAUUUAUGUUAAUUUAUUGAAUAAAAAAAUUUAAUAGCCUUUACACAAUGGACUUCAAUGCAUUACUACAGCAGGCACAACGCUUAACAAAUGAAACACAAACCUCCGAAGAACUACCUCGUGUGGAGCGUACAAUUUCGCAAGUUUUAGAGGCCACCAAGGAGUUGCAUUCUCGUGUAACACAGACGGGAGCUCAAGAUAUACAAGCGCACAUUUUGUUGGGUUCCAAAGGCAUUGAUUUGCCCAAAAUAUCACAAAAACUUGAGUCGUUAAGUGCCCGCAAGACUUUUGAACCUUUAGAUCCUAUAGCCGACACAGAUAUACAAAGUUUUUUGAAAAAUGAAAAGGAAAAUGCCAUACUCUCAGUUAUUGAAGAGGUUCAUAAAAAUUCGUUUAUGAAUGCCCAAAAACGUAAAUGGGAGCAUAUUAAAUCAGAAUGGCGCCAGGAAAAAAUGAAAUUGAUGAAUGCUCUGGUGGGUCCAUCUCAGAAUUGGAUUGAUAUACAAAAAAUUCCGGAACAAACGGUUAUCAAUGAAACAUUUGGAACGCGUUCAUGUCUGAAUCGUAUUGAAAUGGCUUAUGCCCGCGAAGUUUAUGACUACAAUGCCAUUGUCAUCAAGGGCGCUUUCCGUCCGAAUCUUGUACAAAAAUUCGCCAAGGUUGCGCACACAUUUGAUGAUCCCAAAAUUAAUGAAAUAUGGGAAAUCAUGAAGUAUAUGGUGGAUGUUACACCCGUUUCACGAAAUCGCGAUCCCAUGCAAAGCCGCCAACAAGUGACACAAUUUGUGGAGCAAGCUAAAAAAUAUUUAGAGAAUCGUUACAAAGUGUAUAUGACAACUAUUAUCAGUGGUAAUUUGCGUGAGGCUCAAAGAGGUGGUGUGCCAAGUAUUUUCAAUUUAGUGUCAUCAUUCGUUGGCUUAACCUUUAAUCAAGGCAACUGUUUUGGUCUACAAGAUGUUACCAUUGAUGGUAAGCCAUUGUGGCCCAUGGUAUAUUAUUGUCUAAGAUGUGGUGACUUACAGUCGGCUUUAAGGUGUAUGCAAAUGGGAGGAGCCGGCCAUGAGGACUUCAUGCAGGUGUUAGAGGAUAAAGUCAACAAGCCAGAACAGAAAAUUAAUUCUAAAUUGGAGGGCCAACUUAAAUUACAUUAUUGCAAUAAGAUUAAAAAUUCUACAGAUCCUUAUAAAAAGGCGGUUUAUUGCAUUAUUGCUGGUUGUGAUCCCAAUGAACAACAUUUAGAAGUUGCCAAGACUACCGAUGACUUCUUGUGGAUCCAAUUGUCUAUUUUACGCACUGAUGUCACUGAAAGCUCGGAGGCGUUAACAUAUUCCGGUCUACAAACAAUGAUUUUGGAGAAAUAUGGUGAAAAACAUUUUAAUGCUGGUGAACAGCAACAUUUAUAUUUCCAAGUCUUGGCUUUAACGGGACAAUUUGAGGCAGCCAUAGAGUUUCUAUCACGCACUGAAAAAUAUCGUGUACAUGCUGUCCAUAUAGCCUUGGCAUUAAAUGAAAUGUUUUUGAUAGCAGGUCCACGUAAUGUGCAAGAACCUUUAAUAUCGGUAGAUAUAGAGGAUCCUGUGCCCAUGCGUCGUUUAAAUAUUGCCCGUUUGGUUAUGUUAUAUGUCAAGAAGUUUGAAAUCACUGACCCAGCCGAGGCUUUGCAGUAUUUCUUCUUUUUGCGCAAUCUUAAAGAUCCCGAGGGUAGUAAUCUGUUUUUGGUGUGUGUUAGUGAUUUGGCGGUGGAGUGUCGUGAUUAUGAUUUAAUAUUUGGUAAAAUGAUGCCAACCGGCAUGGCUUGUGGCGGUUUGUUCCAACAGUUUGAUUGUGUGGACUUUGAUACUAGAACUGCCGCUGGCAUGGUAGCUGAGGAAUUAGUGCGCAAGGGCAUGUUUGAAGAUGCCAUCAAAUUGUUUGACAUUGCCAAUAUGCAAAGUCAAUCCUUGCGUUACCUCUCCCUAUUGCUCUCUCAGGUGGUUCAUCAAAGUUCGAAAAAGGGUUCGUUGCGUGAACGUCUCUCGGUUAUGGCCUCCGAUUUUAUGGAACGCUUAAGAGGCAGUCGCAUUGAGUGUGAACCUCAAGUUCUAAACAAUUUUAAUCUUUUAACCGAAUUGGUAGCCUUUUUCGAUUACUAUCAUGAGCGUAAAUUCCAAAUUGCUCUCGAAGUGUUGGCCAAUACCAAACUAGUGCCCAUGUCCAUGAAUGAUUUGGAGGAAUGUAUCAAUAACUUCAAACGUUUAGGUGGUGAAAUCUGUAAAGUCUAUCCCGAUAUUUUAUUGGCUGCCAUGGAUAUUUUGUAUUCACAAUAUAAGACCCUUAAGGGCAAAGAUACCGGCAUGCUGGAUACUGGCCGAGAUAGUCAACUACAACAUUUGAGACAAAAGGCAAAAGCCUUAACAAACAUGGCCGCCACUGUACCAUAUCGUAUGCCAGGCGAUACAAAUAAACGACUGGUACAAACCGAAAUUUUAAUGCAUUAAUUAUUAUAGUUCCAGUUAAAAUAAGACAUAUUUUAAAUAAUAAAAAUCAAAAAGUUUUUUUUUUGUAUCAUAAAUAAUUAA